GUAGUUAGCGCUGUGGCGGCGAUUGUUAGAACUUGAGAUUUUAUUCAAUUCUUAUUCCACUUGGCCACGCUGCAAAGCCUCUUUCACGCGGAAUUUUUGUAGGUUAUGAGCUGUCAUCUCCUCAUCAGUCAUAAUGGUGCGUAUGAGUGUUUUAGCUGAUGCCCUCAAAUGCAUAAACAAUGCAGAGAAGAGAGGAAAACGUCAGGUUUUAAUCAGGCCUUGCUCUAAGGUCAUCAUCAGGUUUCUCACAGUCAUGAUGAAGCAUGGCUACAUAGGAGAAUUCGAAAUAGUUGAUGACCACCGAGCUGGCAAAGUAGUUGUUAAUCUAACUGGUAGGAUAAACAAAUGUGGAGUGAUUUCACCCCGUUUUGAUCUCCCUGUUAAUCAGUUUGAAAACAAAUGCAAUGCCCUUCUACCAUCAAGACAGUUUGGAUACAUUGUUCUAACAACUAGUGGAGGAAUAAUGGAUCAUGAAGAAGCUCGAAGGAAACAUCUUGGAGGCAAAAUCCUAGGCUUUUUCUUUUAAUGACUUCUUGACAUGCUUGUAAUUUUAACUAUUUUGUACAAUUUUUAAAUAUACAACAAAAAGUUUUUAACGGAAAAUCUAAA